GGCAGAGCAGCAUCGAAAUAUUAUUUAUCUUGAAUGUACCAUAUAUUGUCCCAAUUAGAGUGAAUUCAGUCAACUUUCAGUUUCACAUUUAAUGUGAACCACACCCCGAGUCUGAUGUUCACCAUUUCCUGUUGCUGUUGGUUCCUCCCUCCGGUGUCCGGUCAGCUCGGUGCUCACCAGUCGGUGUCCCGGUCCCGGCGGGUUGAGGAUCCCUGCGAGUUCGAGGUGCCGGUCGGAGGAACCAUCCCUCAAUAGACUGGGAGUUUCGGCACCCGGACAUGUUGUCACUCGUUCUCCAGUUCGUGCUCGUUGUGGCUGACGCGAAAGCUGAAAGGGAAGAAGUGGUUAGUGUCUUUGGUUCAUCAGUUUUACUGGAUCCUGAAAUCACCGUUGAUCCCAGCAAGAAUGAAAUCCUUUGGACUUUCAAAGCCAGCAACAAAAGUGAUGAUAUGAUUUUGGAUCACAUCCCAGGUGUCGCCACAUUGGAACCAAGUGAACGGUUCAAGGACCGUUUACAGUUCAAUGCUGCUAAGGGUGCGCUGACGAUAAAUCGAUUGGAAGCCAGUGAUGAAGGAAAUUACACUUAUUCUGUGGAUAGCAAAGAGUUGAAAAUAAUACAACUGCUUGUCAUUGAUAAAAUGAAAGAAGUGAUUGGUAUUCUCGGUUCAUCAGUUUUGCUGGAUCCUAAAAUCAAAGUUGAUCCCAACAAGAAUGAAAUUCUUUGGACUUUCAUCGCCAGUAAUAAAAGCCUUGAGGUUGUCUUGGAUCACAUCCCAGGUCUCACUAUGGAACCAAGUGAACAGUUCAAGAACCGUUUGCAGUUUUUUGCUUCUUCUGGUGGACUGAUGAUAAACAGUUUAAAAACCAGCGACCAAGGAGAUUAUAUCUUCACUGUGGAUGGACGAGAGCUCAAAGUAAUACAAUUGUUUCUUCAUGAUAAAAUGAAAGAAGUGAUUGGUAUCCUUGGCUCAUCAGUUUUACUGGAUCCCGGACUCAGAGUUGAUCCCAGCAAGAAUGAAAUUGUUUGGACUUUCUUCGACGACAGCAUUUUAAAUCACAUCCCAGAUCACACCACAACGGAACAUAGUGAACAGUUCAAGUCCCGUUUAGAAUUUAGUACUUCCAAUGGGGCUUUGACUGUAAAUGGAUUAACACCUCGUGAUGAAGGAAGUUACAGCUUUAUUGUGAAUGAAGAAGAGAUGAAAGUAUUAGAACUACUGAUCUAUGAAAAGCUGUCAGAAGCAUCAAUAUCCGUAGGCUACUACAAAUUCCUGGGUUUCACUGUCCAGCUUACCUGUGAUGUCAGUGGAGAUCCUAAUGAAUUUCAAUGGCAAAAAGAUGGAGGGGAAAUCUCCCAGCAUUACCAACUAAUAAAUGAGAACAUGACACUUGUUAUCCAACAUGCUUUGGUUAGUGACUGUGGAAGCUAUACCUGUGUCGCCAAAAAUCCCAUCAGCUCCAUCAGGGGAGAUCACAGCAUAAUUCUUCAUGGAAUUUAUCGGCGUACUGGAAAGGUAUUGGUGCUGGUGUCCACCACAGUCACUGUGCUAUUCACUCUGCUAUUCAUUAUCUUCAGUGUUCUUGUUUUGGUUUCAGCUGUUUCAACGAAUGACAAUGCAGCUGUUCUUCUGGCAAUCACAGGGUUGGUGUUGCCAUUGAUGUUUCUUUUUCCAUUGGUGUGUCUGUUUGUGACUCUGAUUUCAAACACAGCUUUGAAAAAUAGAAAACGGCUGUCUCUCUAUAGCGUUAUUUUCCUCUUUAUCACCUUCAUCACUAUGUUCUCCUGGAUGGUGAUUACAGGCCUUACACGAGAAGACAUUCUAAUGUUUACCAUGUCGGUUAUUGGACUGGUACCUUAUGCAGGAUAUGCUAUUACAUUUCUCUUUUGGACAUGGAAAGGAUUCCCAGGUAUAGGAGACAAACGUUGGGGGUGGUUCUUGAAUAUCUGUAACGUUGUGUCUCUUAUCUGCAUUCUCAUUACCUUCAUUUGCUGGAUUGUAUUUAAAGUUGAACGUUGUGACAGCAACAUUCCAACCUGGAUCCUUCUCAUCGCCUUAAUGCCCGGAUGUGUAAUAACAUUACUCAGGACAUUUCUAAUUUGGUACUAUGAGCUGUCAGAAGGUUCCAUAUUUACCAACAGUCAGUCACUGCGUUCCACGGUCGAGCUCACCUGUGAUGUCCUUGGAGAUUCCAAUGUGUACCAGUGGCAAAAGAAUGGAGGGGAAAUCUCCCAGCAUUACCAACUAACAGAUGAAAACAGAACACUUGUUUUUUUUAUUUCAAAAUAUACUUUAUUCAAAAAUAAAUAUAUACAAUAAACCAUU